AUGGUGGCCAAAACUUCACGAUGUUUGAUGUGCAGGGCGAGGAAGAUUAAGUGUGAUCAACGCUGGCCUCGCUGUGGACCAUGCACGAAAUCGAAGCGUGAAUGUCCCGGACCUCCUACGACGAUCAAGUUCUUGCCUCCGGAGACUUCCAAGCCCACUUCACCGGCAACUGCGAUUGUGCUGUCACAAGAUAAUAGCGGUAGUGUCGCGCCGAUCCAGUGGACUGGUCAAGAUGAGCCUCUACACCCUGCCUCAACAUACACGUCAAGCGGCGAAAGCGACUUCGUGUUAGAGGACUCUUCACUCAUGGACAUUCCAUCGAUCCUCUCCCGCCCGCUGAACGCCAGCCCAGCGAACCUCGUCGCUACUGAAUUGGUCAAAACCCUCCAAGUCGAAGGCGCCGCUCACAACCCCUCUUUCCUGGGCUCCUUCAUCAAAGACGUCCCCUCUAUGCUCGAUCAUAGCCCCGCCCUAACCGCCACCGUCGCCUGCGCUCUGGACGCCUGCACAAAGAAAGAGCUCCUUCCUCGAACAGCCCGCAAACUCGACGCAAAACUCUACGGCAAAGCUCUCGCCGCCAUCCACAACGCCCUAGAGUCCCCCGCCCAGAGGACGUGUAUAUCGACCUUCCUCUCCGUCGUCCUCCUCGGCCGUCUCGAAACAGUCCUGGCAACGCGCCAGCUCGCUCGAAUCCCCUGCUGGUCCGUCCACGCAGCCGGCAUCAGUGCCUUGCUGCGCUACCGCGGCGUCUUCGACCCUUCCGACGAUACAGUCUUCCACGCCGUGCUCGAGAAUUUUGGUCCCAUCGUCGCACACCACAUCGUCCGUGAUCAGGACUGUUUCCUCGCAGCGCCGGAAUGGCAGGAUUCGCUCUUCCCCUCGUCGCGGAAGAGGAAGGUGGCGCCUGUGGAUGACUUGCUCUAUCGAGUCUUCGCCCAGUUGGCACAUCUGCCAACUCUGCUGAAAUACUUCCGCGUCUUCAGGAGAGGUAGACGGCAAGGAGAUUUCGCACGGACAAUGGAUCUCGCGGCGUUGAUAUCCAUGGAAUUGAGAGCGAUAGGCAGCGUCAUGGAAAAGGAUAUCCUCUCGAACCUAGACAUCGGCUCGGUCGCGGACGAAGACGUCAAAGCACCGGUACAGCUAGUGUACGUCCUCCCCGGCAGCGACGUCGUGCGCCUCAUCGCUUGGCACGCCGUUCUGAGCAACAUUGUGGAUAAAGUCCUCAUUGCGCUCGUGCAAAUGGCGGAAGAUGGCGAAGUUUCCGAACGUGCUCGUACUCUAGAAGAACUCCGAAAUCAUGCUUUGAGCGUCAGUCGAAGGGUCUGGAUGUUGUCCGAAGAAGCGCGACAGAAAGGUUUGAUUCAGUUUUACUUCUACCCGGGCGUUCUGGCGGCGACGUACGAUAGCGCGCAGAGUGACGCGGAGAGGGAAUGGAUUGUGGAUUUGCUGAACGAUGUUCAAGGCGGGACUUGGGAGGAGAAUCUGUGGACGCAUGAGGCUGUCAGGAGGGUGUGCUUGACGCUGGGAGGACAGUUGGAUUAA